UGUAGUUAUUAUAUUUGCACAGUCAGGUCAGACGCAGGUUGUGAUCCGCGGGGCCGUCGGUUUAGCUCCGUGUCCGAGGUGAGAUGAAGGCUCACGGCAGUGAUGUCGGGGUGUUUGUCCGGAUCAGACCGACCAACAGCUUCGCUCAGGGAUUCAUUGAAUGUCUUCCUGAUGGGCAGACCGUGAACAUCUAUCAUAGAAAAGACUCCAGAAAGGGCCAGCUGAGCUCCUGGUCAUUCCAGUUGGAUGGGGUCCUGCAGGAUGUGUCCCAGGAGGAAGUGUAUGCCCGAGUGUGUCGACGGGUGGUGCAGGGAGCAUUGGAUGGCUAUAAUGGUACUGUGAUGUGCUUUGGGCAGACAGGUGCAGGAAAAACCUACACCAUGACAGGGUCCACAGAAUCAUACAGGCAGAGAGGAAUGAUUCCUCGGGCCCUUCAGGAGGUGUUUCAGGAGGUGGAGAAGAGGACUGAGCAUUCCUUCUCAGUGCAUCUGUCCUACAUGGAGAUCUACAACGAGACCCUCGUGGACCUGGUAUCUCCGCUGCAGGGCUCACCUCGGGGCAUGGUGGUGAUGGAGGAGCCAGGCAGAGGGGUGUUCAUCAGAGGUCUGUCUCUUCACCCUGUUCACAAUGAAGAGGAGGCACUCAACCUGCUGUUUGAGGGCGAGAUGAAUCGCAUUAUUGGAUCUCACGCCCUGAACAGGAACUCCUCCAGGUCCCACUGUAUCUUCACUGUGCAUAUACAGUCUCACUCACGGACCUUAUCUGAUGCCAAGUACGUCACCUCCAAGCUGAGUCUGGUGGAUCUGGCUGGAUCUGAGAGGCUGGGAAAGACUGGGUCAGAGGGUCAGACGCUAAAAGAAGCCACAUACAUCAACAAGUCCUUGUCGUUCCUGGAGCAGGCCAUCCUGGCUAUGGCAGACCGUCGCAGAGACCAUGUUCCCUUCAGACAGACUAAACUCACGCAUGCCCUUAAAGAUUCACUGGGAGGAAACUGUAACACUGUGCUUGUGGCCAACAUCUACGGUGAGGCUGCACACAUAGAAGAAACGCUCUCUACCCUUCGCUUUGCGAGCAGAAUGAAAUGUGUCCGCACUGACCCUGCAAUUAAUGAACACAUGGAUACAGCUCUUCAGAUCAGGAAACUUCAGAAGGAGGUACAGAUGCUUAAAGAGGAGCUGUCCAUGCACAAUACACUGGUGAGGAGGCCAAGCAUCACGUAUGAGCCCCUGUCAGAAGCCCAGCAGGCGGAGAUCAACAGCCAGGUUCAGAGGUACCUGGAUGGAAGCCUAAAGGAAAUCAGUAUCACAAGUAUCAGGCAGGUCCAAGCAGUCUUUGCCCAGUUUAAGGUCGCCGUGCAACAACAGGAGCAGAAGGUGAAAGCUCAGCUACGUCAGACCUACAACUUGGUGAAGAAAGACCAAAAUGCUAACACAUCUGCUAUAAAGGAGUGUGACAGCACUGAGAACGUGGAGGCUGGCGGCUUUGGGGUUUCUGCUCAGUCACAGAAACAGACCCAGCGUCCGAGUUCGACCAAAUCCAAAACUAAGAAGUCCAGGGACAAACAGAGCCAAAGCAAGAGACAGGGAGAAGGAAGUCCUGUUUCAAGGAAGAAUUUGGACAGUGCCUCCAAAUCAAAGCUGAAUUCCGUCCACAUGCCUGAGAGGGAACCGGAGUCUCAAGAACUAGACACUGAGAGCCAGGACACACAGGAAUCACAGCUGCCUGGCAAUGAACCCGUUCACCCUGAGUCUCCCGCACCCAAAGCAGAGGCAUUUGAGGAUUUUAAGUUGGGACAAGGCAGCAAGAUCAACUGCAUCCUUAAGGAGAACAAGGCUGUGCUGCUGGAACGCCGCAGUCUUCUUCAUCAGCUCACUGAGGAGGUCAACGCUGUCAAGAGAGAGAUUGACUGCACGGCGGCUGCCAUACAGCAGCACAAGCAGAUGGGAGAAACUUCAGGUCAGUAUUUGGUUGCAGAGGAGGAUCCAUAUGCCAUUUUAUUGGUGCAGCUCAGAGAGCUGAAGGCCGUGUACCGGCAGAGGUAUGAGGCACUGCACAGCAUCAAGGCAGAGGUCAACUACUGCGAGCACCUCGUGGAUCAGUGCAGGGUGCGCCUGCUCUCCGAAUUUGAGACCUGGUAUAAGAAGACUUUCCUUUUACCUGAGGAGGAGCUGGACAUACAUCUGGAUAAGAGCCUUGCACAAAGAGAGGGUAACCAGCAGCUACAGGAUGAGCUUCUUACUGAGCACUCCAGUGCCGAGUCCUUCUACAUCGCUCGCAGCAGGACACUGAAAAGGAGGAACAGCAGGGUGCUGUCCUGUACUCCGGUGCAGAGGAACUCGACUGCAGGGCCCGGACAGAGAAGGCUCCUUCCAAUUCUACCUGCUAGUUAA